UGCAGUUCCCUCCACUCUGGUGGUCCCGUGGCCCUGCGGGGAGUUCGGGGGUCGGCGGGCCGCUUGGACUCGGCGCGGGGCCGGCCCCGCCUCUCCCUCCCUCGUCGGGGCCUAGACGGUCCGGGCAGCGGGGACAUGGAGCCCUCUCCCGCCACUGGGGGCUCGGAGACCAGUCGUCUGGUGAGCCCCCGGGACCGCAGCGGCACUGGCGGCGGCCUGCGUUUGAAGAGUCUCUUCACAGAGCCCUCAGAGCCCCUCCCCGAGGAGCCCAAACCUGUGGAGAUGCCCUUCCAUCACUGCCACAGGGACUCCCUGCCGCAGCAGGGCCUCACCCCCGAGAGGCUGCAGGCGCGGAGGCAGCUGUACGCCGCCUGUGCUGUGUGCUUUGUCUUCAUGGCUGGGGAGGUGGUGGGUGGGUAUUUGGCGCACAGCCUGGCCAUCAUGACCGAUGCAGCCCACUUGCUGGCGGACGUGGGCAGCAUGAUGGGUAGCCUCUUCUCCCUUUGGCUCUCCACACGUCCAGCCACCCGCACCAUGACCUUCGGCUGGCACCGCUCAGAGACUCUGGGGGCUCUGGCCUCCGUGGUCUCCCUCUGGAUGGUCACUGGCAUUCUCCUGUACCUGGCCUUCAUCCGCCUGCUGCACAGCGACUACCACAUCGAGGGGGGUGCCAUGCUGCUGACCGCCAGCAUCGCAGUCUGUGCCAAUCUGCUAAUGGCCUUUGUGCUGCACCAGGCUGGGCCCCCCCACAGCCACGGGUCCAGGGGGGCGGAGUAUGCACCACUAGAGGAGGGACCUGGGGAGCCCUUGCCCCUGGGGAACACCAGUGUCCGGGCAGCCUUUGUGCACGUGCUGGGCGACCUCCUGCAGAGCCUUGGGGUGCUGGCUGCUUCCAUCCUCAUCUACUUCAAGCCUCAGUACAAGGCAGCUGACCCCAUCAGCACCUUCCUCUUCUCCAUCUGUGCCCUUGGAUCCACGGCACCCACCCUCCGGGAUGUUCUUCGCAUCCUCAUGGAAGGUACCCCCCGCAGCGUGGGGUUUGAACCCGUGCGGGAUACAUUGUUGUCAGUGCCAGGAGUCCGGGCAACCCAUGAGCUGCACCUGUGGGCCCUCACGCUCACCUACCAUGUUGCCUCUGCACACCUGGCCAUUGACUCCACUGCUGACCCUGAAGCUGUCCUGGCUGAAGCCUCGUCACGGCUCUACUCCCGGUUUGGAUUCUCCAGCUGCACCCUGCAGGUCGAGCAGUACCAGCCAGAGAUGGCCCAGUGCCUGCGCUGCCGGGAGCCCCCCCAAGCCUGA